UGCCCUUCGUUCGCGCCAUUAAAUUAAGCGCGCAAACGAGCGAGCUAUGACAUCGAUCGACCAUGGCGGAAGAGCAAGAAGCCCUGUUCCAGGCUGCCUCCCCCUGCGUCCUCUACUACGUGCAGAGCCCCUCCUCCGCCUCCCACACCAACAGCAGCACCCACCCCGCCACCUCCUCCUCCGCCUUCCACCUCUCUCCCUCUUUUAGCGCGCACGACAACGACGUCGACGCCGUCCGAGCCACCGACGCCGUCGCCGACUCCCGCUUCGCCCUCUCCCGCUACUCCUCCUCCCGCGGGUCCAACAACUCCGCGUCUUUCCUCCACCACCAACCCAAGAAGGCCGCGGGCGCCGCCAAUAAGACUGCAGGCCGGCAGCGCCUCCGGAUCGUCGGCGUCAACGACGACGACGCCGACGAAGGGACCGAGGGCGGGAGGAACUCCAGCGGAUUGUGGCGCUUCCUCUCCCUCGACCCAUCUUCCUCUUGCUGCUGCCUCGGAUUUCAGGUGGCGUGGCGACUCGCCCUCAGCUUGGCCUUCUCCUUCCUCGUCUUCUUCUUGGCCACUAAACCCCCACAACCCAACGUCUCGCUAGAGAUCGCAACGAUCAAGCAAUUCAGCCUCAGGGAAGGCCUGGACAGCACCGGCGUCGUCACUAAACUCCUGACCUGCAACUGCUCCAUGGAGGUGGUGGUAGAAAACCACUCAAAAGUCUUUAGGUUGCACAUCCAACCAUACACCAUGGACAUAGCUUUCGAGAGCCUCGUAUUCGCAUCUUCUCAGAGUGAUGGAACAUUGUGCGCGGAGAGUGGCUCAUCCUCGACCUCUGUAUUGUUUUUGGGGACCAAGAGCAAGCCAAUGUACGGAGCAGGACGGAGCAUGCAGGACAUGUUGGAGUCCGGGGAAGGCUUGCCAUUGCUGGUUCGAGUCAAGUUGAGGUCGAGCUACCGGGUGAUUUUGGGUCUGGUUCGAUCAAAUUAUCAGCACCACGCGGAGUGCCGCCUCCUACUAAAUGGUGCAUAUGAUGAGCACGGCAACGGGACGAUCUACAAUAGCACUUGCUUCAUCUCUACUUCUCAUGCUUGAGGAUUUGUGUUAGUUUCAUGAAUUUUGUGAAGAUGCAAGGACAUUGGUUUAUAUGUAUACACCAAUUUGUAUGAAGUAAUAUGAUUAAUUAAUGUUCAUAAGAAA